UGUCAACCAUUUUUAUGUUAUCCGAAUUUUCCUAACAUUUUUCUCUGCAGAAUCCAAACCCUAACCCCAGUUCUUUUCAGAAAGCAUAGCUCGUGUUCAUCGUCAGAUUUGACUAGAAUAAGCAGCAAAUGGGAGAAAACAAGGAGAACGACGCUUACGAGGAGGAGCUUCUCGACUACGAGGAAGAAGACGAAAAAGCCCCCGAUUCCGUAGCCGCUAAAGUCAACGGCGAGUCCGCCAAGAAGGGAUAUAUUGGAAUUCACAGCUCCGGUUUCAGAGAUUUUCUACUAAAGCCAGAGCUACUGCGAGCCAUUGUGGAUUCAGGGUUUGAGCAUCCAUCUGAAGGUAAAUAAUUAUUAUCACUACUACUUUGGAGACGUACAAUGGUAAACUUUUUUAACUGAAACUGAGGCUUCCUUGGCUCCGUUCUAUUUGGCUCUUCAGUGCAACAUGAAUGCAUUCCCCAAGCUAUUUUGGGUAUGGAUGUAAUUUGCCAAGCCAAAUCUGGAAUGGGGAAAACUGCAGUAUUUGUUCUAUCAACUUUGCAACAGAUUGAACCCGUUGCUGGUCAAGUUGCUGCCCUAGUUCUAUGUCAUACCAGAGAAUUAGCUUAUCAGAUCUGUCAUGAAUUUGAGAGGUUCAGCACAUAUUUGCCUGAUAUCAAGGUUGCUGUUUUUUAUGGUGGUGUUAACAUAACAAUUCACAAGGAUCUUCUAAAGAAUGAAUGCCCUCACAUUGUUGUUGGAACUCCUGGAAGAAUUCUUGCAUUAUCAAGGGAAAAGCAUCUUUCCUUGAUGAAUGUGAGGCAUUUUAUACUUGAUGAAUGUGAUAAGAUGCUUGAUUCACUUGACAUGAGAAGAGAUGUUCAGGAGAUUUUCAAGAUGACUCCUCAUGACAAACAGGUGAUGAUGUUCUCAGCAACUCUCAGCAAGGAGAUUCGUCCAGUUUGCAAGAAGUUUAUGCAAGAUCCAAUGGAGAUUUAUGUUGACGAUGAGGCCAAAUUGACUCUUCAUGGACUUGUACAGCACUACAUCAAAUUGACAGAAAUGGAGAAAAAUCGGAAGCUGAACGACUUGCUUGAUGCUUUGGAUUUCAAUCAAGUAGUUAUCUUUGUCAAGAGUGUGACUAGAGCGGCUGAGCUGAACAAGUUACUUGUUGAGUGUAACUUUCCAUCUAUCUGCAUCCACUCUGGGAUGUCCCAGGAGGAGAGAUUGACACGCUACAAGGGUUUCAAGGAGGGGCAUAAGAGGAUUCUUGUGGCAACUGAUUUGGUUGGCAGGGGCAUUGAUAUUGAACGGGUUAACAUUGUCAUUAACUAUGACAUGCCUGAUUCUGCUGAUACGUACCUUCAUAGAGUUGGUAGAGCUGGAAGGUUUGGCACCAAAGGUCUUGCAAUUACAUUUGUUUCUUCUUCAUCAGAUUCAGAUGUACUCAACCAGGUUCAAGAAAGAUUUGAAGUCGAUAUCAAAGAGCUUCCUGAGCAGAUUGACACAUCCACAUAUAUGCCAUCCUAGAGAAGUUGGCUGGCAUCCUCUCCAAUAGCGCCCCAAGGUUUUCUUGAAUGAUGCAGAAUGAAAGGGGAGCAAACUGCUGGCGUUUUUUGGCUUUUGUUGGUCUGUACUAUUAAAUGGUUGAAUCAAUUAUUUUCAGAGAUACUAGUGGCCUUUGGCAACUCUCUGCUUUAAUCAUCCUGUCAUUACUGUACCCUUUAAUGAAACAUAGCUGGUUUAGCCGAUUGUACUAAGCUUGUAUUAACCUCAAAUCUUCAAUCUAUUUGCUGGUUAAAUCUGUAUUAAGUUAAUCAGGAUCAUUUGAAAAAUC